AUGACCUGGCCAUCAUGCAAUUCCACGUUGGAACAUGAAACGAUCCAGGAGGUUGACCUCUGGGAUGGUGGAAUUACCUUCCACACGCUUUGUGUGAUUAUUUCGGCUGUUUGUCUUGUUAUAUCAGCCUUCCUAGCAGGAAUUAUUAUCCUCGGCCAUGCUAGGCAUUAUAGCAGGCCAUCUGAGCAGAGAUACAUCAUUCGUAUCCUGUUUAUGAUACCCAUCUACACACUUACAUCAUUCUUGUGCAUUUAUUUCUACAAGUGGUCUGUAUACUUUGAGCUUAUCGGCUACUGUUACGAGCCAUUCGCUAUCGCUUCUUUCUUCACGUUGCUCUGCUCUUAUAUUGCACCUGACCUGCAUGAUCAAAAGGAGUUUUUCCGUCAUAUUGAGCCUAUCAAUUGGGUAUGGCCUAUUCCCUGGUUGCAGAAAUGUACUGGUAGUCAAAAUCGGGCUUGGAGAAAGCCUCGAAGUGGGUUGACUUGGUUUAAUGUGAUUUGGAUCGGUGUUUUCCAAUACUGCUUUCUACGACUACUCCUGACUAUCCUUGCUGUUGCUGCUGAGUCUAAGAAUCUCUACUGCGAAGAUUCUGAUAAUAUAGCAUUUGCACACGUUUGGGUCCUUAUCAUUGAGUCUAUAGCGGUCACUAUUGCCAUGUACUGCUUGAUCCAAUUCUAUAUUCAGACAAAGACCGACAUUGCACAACAUCGACCAUUUAUCAAGAUCCUUUGCAUCAAGCUAGUCAUUUUCCUUUCCUUCUGGCAAUCGACCAUCAUUGACUUCCUAACAUCAUCCGGUUUAAUCAAAUCAUCCGCCAAAGUUGUCCUUCAAGACUGGAACAACGCUUUACCCUAUGUCCUCAUUUCCAUCGAAAUGUGCCUCUUUGCACUCCUGCAUUUCUGGGGUUUCCCCUGGCGUCCAUACAUUGUUUCGCGGGAUCCUACAGCCGGGGAUAGUGUCCAGUGUUAUUAUGGUGGGAAAGUGGGAUUCAAAGCUCUGGUUGAUGCAAUGAAUCCAUGGGAUCUUGUCAAGGCUAAUGCGCGCGGACUUCGGUGGUUAUUUGUUGGUCGAAAGAAGCGAAUGGCUGAUUCGAGCUAUGAUCUUCCGAAACGUGAGACUGCGGGUGAAUCUGGGGAGACGUCCUCGCCUGGACUGCAGGAGACGAUGCCGGAAGCGCAGUCUUCGAGGUUUUAUCGGCUCCAGUCUAACUAA